ACGGAGAGAGAAGCGAGAUGGCGGCGCCGGGUCUCCCGACGCCGCUGCACCGACAUGUGGGCCGGGGCGCCUUCAGCAAUGUGUACGAGCCGGCGGAGGAUACGUUCCUGCUGCUGGACGCGCUCGAGGCGGCAGCGGCCGAGCUCAUGGGAGUGGAAAUAUGCCUUGAAGUAGGGUCAGGGUCUGGAGUGGUAUCUGCAUUCCUAGCCUCUCUGAUAGGUCCUCAGGCCUUGUACAUGUGCACUGAUAUCAACCCUGAGGCAGCAGCUUGUACUCUGGAGACAGCACACUGUAACAAAGUCCACAUUCAGCCAGUGAUUACAGACUUGGUAGUCUUUAAUUUCAUGGUAACAGGAUACUUGUGUGUCCGUAUCUUAUUCCUCAGCAAACAGCUUCUUCGCCACCACCCACCCCCAACCCCCCUCAUGGUCAAAGGCUUGCUACCAAGAUUGAAGGAAAAAGUUGAUCUUCUGGUGUUUAAUCCCCCCUAUGUAGUGACUCCACCUGAAGAGGUGGGAAGUCACGGAGUAGAGGCUGCUUGGGCCGGUGGCAGAAAUGGUCGAGAAGUCAUGGACAGGUUCUUCCCACUGGCUGCAGAUCUUCUGUCACCAAGAGGAUUAUUCUAUUUAGUUACCAUUAAAGAAAAUAAUCCAGAAGAAAUUUUGAAAACAAUGACAACAAAGGGUCUACAAGGGACUGUGGCACUUUCCAGGCAAGCAGGCCGAGAAGCUCUCUCAGUCCUGAAGUUCACCAAGUGCCAUGUAUUGUGCUGAAUUGAUGAUAAAAGACUUGAAGUGUAAGUACAUUUUAAGACUGGAAAUAGAGGGAUGGAGGAAGAUACAUCAGACAAACCCACAAGGUGAGAUAGCUACAUUAAUAGUUGACUGUACUGGGUUGAACAGUUCUCACCACCCCCCCCACCCCCGCCCCGCUCCCAAUUCAUGUCCAACCAGAACCUAUCAGUGCGAUCUUAUUUGGAAAGAGGGACUCUGCAGAUGUAAUCCAGUUAAGAGGACAUUAAGGUAAGGAGGGGCCAACACGGUGGAGAAGUAGGGGGAAUCCAUGCUUCCUAUGUUCUCAAAGAAGUGUAGAAGCCAAAGGACUCUGAACACCAGAGUCUGGGAGGAAAAGAGACUGAAUCUACUAGGAAGAAAAUGGGAAAGCUGGAAAAAAGUUUAGGUGGGUAACUGCAGACUGGGGGAGAUAAAAAAAGGCCGCAUGGGCACGGCGUGGAGGGACCCCCUUUGCAGAGAGACAGAGGGAAGAAGAGAAACAGUGGCUGGGAAAGUGCAGGACCCUAUCUGGCCAGGAGAGAGACCUCGGACUGAGGCUGAGAGGGAUCCCAUCUCUAACUGGGGGGCUUUCUUCGGGCUGGGGCCGGCUCCCUGUUCGGGCCCCUGGGGAGGAGGGGAGCUGGGCCUGGGUGCGGUGGUUGGUCAGGGGCUCGGUCCACAGCUGGAGAAAGCGGUUCCCUCCCUGGAGGGCUGCGCGAUAGCACAGAACUGCCUGCGUCUGCCACCCUGGGGGCUCGAGGGGGCAGCGGCUCUGAGUCCGCAGUAGGAGAAGUCGGUCCUCCCAGAAGUGUGGCAGCACAGACAAAGCCAGCCGGGGCCACACAUCGCCGCACUGAGAGGCGCUUUCCCAGCGUCAGAGCGCACGGAGCGGGACUUUGAAUCCUAGCCAAGUGCGGGGUCAGGGGAGUUGGCCAAGCGAGAAGGACCGACCCAUCUGCGCCCGCCGCACAGUGCAGUGCGGACGACUCGAACGGAGUCCACCGGGUGGGCUCCACGGAGAAGAGACGGGGGAUCACCAUUCCAUUCCCCACCCCCACCCCCCACCACGACCAAGGCGGGGCCUCAGGGAUCACUCCCGGACCCACAGUAGAGGUGGGUUCAGAAUACACCAAACCACGCCCCCUUGCACUGGGUAACUGCUUACCCACCCGAGGGGCACCGACCCUGCGGACAGCUCCUCCCGACCAGCGACCAGCGGCGCAGCAUUGCCUGGAUUAACUCUAGGUCAAUUCUGGAUAUACAGCUAUAUUCUCCCCCACCCACCCGCCCAUUUCUCCUCCUUACCUCUUCCCUCCCCUAGGCUGGU